AUGGAUAUUGAAAAUCAAGCAAAAUAGGAUAAUAAAGACUCCUAAAUUGUCGAAGAAAAUGAAUAAAUUAAAACCUUACCUCCAAUGGAAGAAGAAAAAGAAGAAAAGCAGCAAUAGUAGCCAGUUUAGUAAAAGCCAGAGGUGUAGGAAAAUUCAGAAAGAUAAAAAAAGAUUUUGAUGGAAACAUUUUAAUAACUUUAUGAAAGAUUGUCAAAAGGCUGCGGAAGGGAAAAAUGCAAAUAUGAUACAUGCCUAGCUCAUCCAUCAAAUAGACAUUUGGUGAAUGACUAAAAUCAGGCAAAACUGAAAGCAGUGGAAUUCUUAAAAAAGAAACUUGCCAAAAUAGAAAUAUGCAAUAUCCCUUAAAGGAUAAUAAAAUCUUUACAAAAAUCAGAAAUAGAUGCUAUUUUAUAACCUCAGUAUUUGGAGUAGAAUUUCAAAGAAAUAAUUUAGAGAUUAGAAGAUGUGUUUAGUGAUUUUGAAGCUUUAAAUAAUAGCUUCUUCCUUGAUUAAAAUCCCUGCUAAGUUAUUGAAUAGCACAAUGGAUUGAUUGAUUUUAAGUCAGUAAUUGAACUUUACAACGUUCUUUUGAACCUUAAUAAUGCUGAGAUGAAAAAAUGUGUCGAAGAUAUGUUUUCUAAAUCAUUCAUCAAGCUCUUAGGUGAAAUUACAAAAUAUGCAGAUUAUAAAAAAUAAUUCUCUACUAUAGAUGACUUUAGAGUUCUUGUAUUUUUAAUUAUAUAUCCUAAUCUAUUUGAAGAGCACUGCUUGUUUAUAAAGAUUAUGCACUCAUUCUUUUACUUAACUUAGAGAGAUUAUGAGAUGUUUGGAUAUUGGCUAAAAGAUUUGGAUUCAUCAAUUUUAGAAAGAAUAAAUACAAGUAUAAAAACUAAAGUAAUGAUAAGUCUUUAUCAAGGAGAAACCGAAGUAGAAGCAGCCAUGAAUGCCUUGAAAAUUAUAUAUACUACAAAUGUAAUCUUGAAAAGAAUGGAAAGAGAUCACUUUAUCAUUGAUAUCUUUUAAAAUGAACACGAAGAAGGAAUCAAUCCUAAGAGCGAAUAUAUACUAUGGUUAAAAGGAAAGGAAAAUUAAGACAAAGACCAAAGAUUCUUCACUUUCUGUAACUACCCAUUUAGUAUGGAUAUUAAAUUUAAGUAUCAACUCCUCGAAAUCAAUUCCAAGUUUGACUAAAGAAAUGAACAUGAGAAAAAAAUUAGAAGUUAAAUAUAGCAAGGACAAUUUAUUAUUAACUCAAGCUAGCUUUUCCUCAUUUUUGAAGUGAGUAGAGAUAACAUUUUGGAUGAUACCAUUUAAUGUAUUUCUCAGCCAGAUUUAAAUUUUAAGCUUCCAUUUAAGGUUAAAUUUAGAGGAGAAUAGGGCAUAGAUGAAGGCGGUGUUCGUAAAGAAUAUUAUUAAAUUAUGAUUAAAUAGUUAUUCAAUCCAGACUUUGGUUUAUUCCUUGAAAAAUAAAACAAAUAGUUCUUUUGGUUCAACAGUAAUUCUAUUGACAUGCCAAUGCUUUAUGAUUUAAUUGGAUCUUUGAUGGGAAUAGCUAUUUAUAAUUAAAUUUAAAUGGAUGUAAGAUUACCAAAUGUAGUAUAUAAAAAACUAAUUGGUGAUCCUGUUUCACUAGAAGAUAUUAAAUAAUUUGAUGCUGCUACAUAUAAUGGUUUUAAACACAUUCUUGAAUACGAGGGAGACUUAGAAAAUGAUCUUUAAUUGACUUUCUCUAUUGAAUAUGAAUAUUUCGAUUAGACCAAAGUAUAUGAGCUCAAACCUGGUGGUGACUGUAUUCCAGUUACUUAAGAAAACAAAAAAGAAUUCAUAGAGCUUUAUGUUGAUUGGUAUUUAAAUAAAUCUAUUGAAAGAUAAUUUAAUAAUUUCAAGAGAGGCUUCUUUAAGGUUUUGAAUCUAGAAAUAAUUUAGUUCUUUACAUUUGAUGAGCUAGUUCUUAUUUUAACUGGUAAAGAAGAACUUGACUUUAAUGAGUUAAAGGAGAAUACAUAUUAUGAUUAAGGAUAUUCAGAAGAAUCAGAUUAAAUUAAGUGGCUUUGGGAAAUUUUAGAUGAAUUUACUAUGGAGCAAAAGAAAAAAUUCUUAUUUUUCUGUACUGGUAGCGAUAGAGCACCAGUAACAGGAUUCUCAUCUUUAAAAUUUAUUAUUUCAAGGCACGGUGAAGAGAAUGAAUAACUCCCAUCAGCUCAUACUUGUUUCAACCACUUGUUAAUCCCCGCUUAUAAGAGCAAAGAAAUUCUCAAGCAAAAGCUGCUAUUAUCUCUUGAAAAUGCUGAAGGAUUUGGACUUUAUUGA